AUGAAUCCUGAAGGUUUAGCUUCUACUUUGAUCGAUUUCAGUUAACCUAAUAAUAGCGUAUAUUAUAAAAUAAGUUAUAUUGGUAAAGAUGACAUAAAAUAACUUUUUUCUGAAGCUUUGAUAUUUUAAAAGACUCCUUAAUUCUUUAUAGUUGGUGCUAAACAAUCUUUAUCUUACUACGAAUAUUCAAGAAAAUUCAAAAAAUAGAGAGGAUUACUCUUAGCAUCGAUGUAGAGUGAAAAGUCUAUUGGCGGUGGCUUCUUAUUCCCAUAGCCUUAAUCUUUUACUUUAUUAAAUGAUAUUCAAAUUUUAGAUGACUUCAAUUUAACUUUAGAAGUUCUCCCAUUAGCAAUAUAUGGAAAAUCUUUUGAUAUUUCUGAUUAUGACUAUUCAUAUAUUACUUUUGAUUAUAAACUAGACUAUUGGGUAUACUAUGUUAACUAAGGAAAGCUAAUAAUUUAAUUAGAAACCAAUUUGAACAAUAAAUGUGAUGGAAGAUUAGUUGAAAUUAGAUAUGAAGUAAAAUAGACAGGUAGAAAUCCAAUGAUAGAUUUAAAUGAAGUCACUUAUCCAGUAAAAUACUUUGAAAGUACAAAGAUAUUAGUAGUGGAGAGCUCAAAUAAUUCUGAUUCUUAAACUUAUGAAGUAGAGAUCCAUUAAUAUGUUAAGAAUUUGCACUACAUGACUGUUUAAUUUCCUAUCUUCAAUAUUGAUAACAGCAAUUGUACUCUUUCCUAUGAUUUGAGAAUGCCAAUAGAUAAUGACACAAGCUUCAUAACAUUUGAUAACAUGAAUAGAACAAUGGAAAUUUUCACUGACAGUAAUGAUUAUCAUGGAGUUUAUAUUAUCUCAUUUUGGGUAUUAGUAACCGGAUUCGAAGUCAAAAAUGUAUCUUAUGAUUUAACAGUAAAUAUAAGACAUUAAUGCGUGCUAGAGUAAGUUACAGAAUUGACAGCUAUAUCUGAUUUAUAUUAUGAAAUACUUCCCAGUAACACUGACCCUACUAAAUUGGAAAGAAAAGACUUUUACCAAUAAAGUCUUGAUGAAAGCUUAAAUUUAGCUUAUAAAUGUCCUAAAUACUAAUAUAGUUUGCGGACAUUGAGUAAACUUCCGAUUAUCCUAGAUUUUAUUUAACUUAAGGAUAAUUACAUUGAAGUAUUUUCAACUAAUCCUGCUGUUGCAAAAACUUAUUACCUGUUACAUUAUGGUGAAAAUGAAUAUAGUUCAUUAUAUCAAGUCUUUGUGAUUUAAAUGAGUAACACAACUGUUUGCUAAAUAAAUUAAGUACUUGCUAGCUAAAUACCAAAUUAUACAUAUUACAUACAAGACCCUGAAAGAUAUAUUUUUUUCCCCUAAUUCACUUAAACUUAUGAUGAAUGUGGGCCUAUAAGGUAUAAACAGAGAUUGAAAUCUUUUUAGAAUGCAAAUCCAAUUGUAGUCGGGUUUUACCCUCAAUUAGGUUUUAAAUAACCCUAUCUUCUUCGUGCAUAUUCUAACAAUGCAGCAGAUGCCAAUUACUCAACAUUGAUUUAAACUAUUGAGAUAACUGGAUUUAAUACAUUUGGAACCGAGAAUAAAACAGUACUAAUGCUACCCAACAAUAAUACAAUUGUAAAGUGUGACUGA